AUGGGUCGGCUCGACCGGAGUGAUACCACGGCCUCACAGAAAACCGGCGUCGGCAAGCGAGCUGACGGAUUACCUGAUGGUAAGCAAUCAGCGCUGCCCAUGGACGCAGUGACGGGUCUAACCUUAGCAGAACUCUCACAAACCCAAGGUGUUACUGCAGUGGAUCUAGUGUUAAGUGGUCUUAAGGAACAGGACUGGAGUGAUAACGACACACCAUGCAUAGAACAAACAUUACAAAUAUUGAACAAUGUGAAAAAUUAUACUGUUUGGGCAGUUUGGGUGUGGAAUUCAAUGCACAAUCCAGUUGGUUCAUUCUAUGGAUCGGAAUACAGUUUGGGUAACUAUGAUCAGUGUCUGAACGCCCCUACAACUACAGCUGACCCAAAAAUUGUCACUCAGUACUGUUUAGCUGAUAUUACACUGACUGAAAAGGAAUAUGAAAAAAGAGAACAUGAUGUGUUGGGCUCUACAGAACCUUAUGUUGCCACCAGAACUCCUAUAGGCCGUAACCUCAAUAGAGUGAUAUGGGGAACCUGUCUUCCGUCUACCUGCAAACCUGAUACCAUCACCAAAAUCCUCAAGGUUAUGUACCAAAUCAACCCUUUGACUCCAUCAGUACCAAGGAUCACUGUUGAUACCUGUGAAGCAGCUAACAAGACUACGGAAUAUAGUUUUGGAUUUUAUGCUUUUAUGACUUUAAUAACACUACUAGUCGCAACUUCAGUCAUUUCAACAUACUAUACUGAACGAUCGUACACCAAAACCUCUUUGCACACAAUAGCAUGUGCGUUCUCAUUGAAACGCAACUGGCAAACGUUGACAAGGAAAACAAAUGACGAUAUAGGAAUAUUGAACCUUUUGAAAGUGGGUCUUGCAACGUUAGCUGUGGCCACACAUACAGCAUUCUUUGAAGUUAUGGGACCUAUCAGUAAUGGACUGCAUUUUGAUAAUGUGAUGCUGGAGACCAGAAAUCCUUUACUGAACACAGUGAAGCACAUAGACCUUCCAGUGGACAAUUUCCUAAUGCUCUCAGGAUUGUUUCUUGUCCAGGGUCUGAUGGCGAAGAAUAAGAAACCAUUGGUCAGUCUUGUCAGUCGGUACUUUAGGCUCACAGCUUCGUAUGCAGUAGUGAUAUUUUACGUAAUAUCAGUAUCAUUUUACACUGGUGCAGGACCGUUUUGGCAGAAGUUUGCUGGAAGGGAACAACAAGCUUGUGCGAAGAACUGGUGGCUGAACUUACUGAUGUUGAACAAUUAUUUCAAUGCUGAUAAUAUUUGCCUCAUAGUCAGCUGGUACAUUCCAUGUGACUACCAACUAGCAGUCAUGGGCACCAUACUGUAUUUACUAUAUCAGAAGAAAAUUAUGGGGAAGGCUGCAACUGGUCUUACUGUAGUACUGGCUGUUUUAACUCCUGGAGUAGUCACGUAUUGGAAGAAACUACCAGGAAUUCUUCUGUACCAUGAUUUCGAGAGCAUGAUAGAUGUAAGGAAGAACGAUGUCUACGUAGACACCUACAUAAGGAGCCACAACAGAGCUGGCCCAUACUUCGUCGGCAUGGCUAUGGGCUACAUUCUCACUACGUAUAAACCAAGGCAUUACAGAAAUGUUAUUUCUAAGAAAAUAUCACUCGUCCUGUUCGUCGUAGCCUUUAUAAUAGCUUACGCAGUGGCCACGCAUCCUCUAUCAUACUCCAACCUGCAGUACAACCACUUGAGCUCAGCUCUGUAUGCAGCCUACAGCAGGAAUCUAUGGGCUAUAGCCACUUGCAUUACCAUCGGGGUCAUCGAAUAUGGGGAUGUGGCCAGUCUACGAUCAUUCGCGAGCUGGCAUGGAUUUGCAGUCCUCAGCCGGCUGGCAUACGGAGUGUAUCUGACGCACUCCAUCAUUCUGCAGCAAAAUCUAUACUCCAGGAAGAAUGUUCAGCAGUUUGACUUGGUAUACUCUGAGGGUCUUCAUGGCCUGGGAGUCCUGGUAAUGUCCAUGGUGUUUUCUCUCCUCUUAUGGUUAUUUGUAGAAGCCCCAUUGAAUAACAUAGUCAACAUUUUCAUCAAUUCCGGUACCGUACUCAUAACUCCUCUGAUAUUGAGAGUGUCCGUUGGCAGUACCGCAUGCUUACCAGCUGAUCCGCCACACCCACAACGUGCACCAGAUCAAGGCAACAACCAGCCAUCUACAUGGAACGCCAUCUACAGCCAGCCGAACCAACUACUGAAGCCUCCCAGGAAGCAGCCGGAGAACCAGGACGCAGCCAAGGAUGACUCCAUAGAACUAUAUCAAAUGGAGUUGCCUGUUCCUCGGAGAGGGCAGAAUGUUCACACAUGA